AUGGCACCCGUUCGAUCUUCUACCUUCCGCGAGGAAGUCCAUAUUGGCCUCAAGACAAUCUUAGUUGCUAUCAACUUCAUCUACCUGGCACAGCUAUUCGCUGUUGUUGGCGCCGGCUUUCUAGCUCAGCCGAUUACUACGCUAUUCAAUGAAAGCAGUUUGAGCGUCUGGCCAAGCUCAAUUCUUACUAUAUUCACUGCUGUUUUGACUCCACCAAUAAGCCAGGCUGCUGAUUACUGGGGUCGAAAAUGGUUUUUGGUUGUCCUGAUGGUCUGUGGGUUCGCCGGCUCUCUUAUUAUCGGACGGGCAACGUCAAUGGCCAUGGUAAUUGGCGGCUUCUGCCUCUUAUGUAUGUCUUUUGGCAGCCAAUCUCUGCUCUUCGCCGUUGUUUCAGAGGUUUUACCACGAAAACACCGACCGACGGCGCAGGCCACAAUAAAUUUGACUGCGGGACUGGGAGCCGUGGCUGGCCUGCUGUUGGGUGGCUCACUGCUUCGCUAUAACAACCUUGACAACUACCGAGUUUACUGGUAUGUCGUCGCCGGGCUUUUUAUGGCAUCUUCAAUACUCUGUUUUUGCUUUUAUAACCCUCCCCCUCGAGAGGCUCAAGUUGCGUUGAAUACUCGUGAGAAACUGCGACGACUUGACUGGAUUGGUAUUGGCACGUUCUCGCCCGGAUUGACCCUAUUUUGUGUUGGUCUUGCGUGGUCUCAGAAUCCCUAUACGUGGUCUGAUGCUCACAUCCUUGCGCCUUUCAUCAUUGGCGUGGUGCUCCUUAUCGUCUUUAUUCUCUACGAGUGGCGCUGGAAGAGCGACGGGAUGCUCCAUCACGGUCUCUUUAAAAGCCGGAACUUCCCAAUCUCUCUCGCCAUUGCAUUUGCAGAGGGUCUUUCUUUCUUUACUUGCAACAAUUACUACCCGUUCGAAACUGGCUUACUCACCGGGGGCUCACUUUGGACCGUUGCUCUCCAUUUCGCCAUCGCUUUCUUUUCGUCUGUCGCUUUCGCCCCACUUGCAGGAUCAUGGUCGUCCGCUAGAAAAGUCGUCCGAAGCCCCCUUUUUGUCGGCGUCUCAUCUCUGGUCAUCUUCAAUGUCCUCAUGGCAACGAUAACACCGAGCACUCCUCUCACCGUCCUUUGGGGAUACCCCGUAUUCGCCGGUCUCGGGGUUGGAAUGAUCUUACCCAUUGUCAUGGUAGCCGCUCAACUGGAUACACCACCUGAGUUGAUAUCGAUCACAUCCGGCUUGAUGACUUCCAUCAGAUCCGUCGGGGCCGCAAUUGGACUGGCAAUCAACAAUGCCAUCAUUCAUAACUCCCUAUCAAAAAAUCUGGUUCCGAACAUUGCUGAAGCCAUCCUGCCGCUGGGAUUUCCACAGGCUGAGCUACCUGCACUUAUCGGCGCCCUGUCAUCAGGGAGCGCCAAUGCGUUGGAGUCCGUUCCGGGCGUUACGCCAGCUAUAGGGAUGGCGGCGCUCGCCGCAUUCAAAGAUGCAUAUAGCAUUGCGUUUCGCGAUGCCUGGAUCACAGCUGCCUGUUUCGUUUUUGUGGCAGCUAUAGCUACCUUGUUCCUGGUUAAUCCUUCUAAGGAGUUCAAUGCCCAUAUUGAUGCGCCCGCCGAAGAGAAAGUACUUCAAACUCAAGCAGAGAUUGAAGCUGGGCCAGAUCAGGAUAAGGAGACUUCGCAGCAUGCACACCACGAGAACAUUGAUCAAUAG